CUUGCCCCCUAGUCCUCUCCUGGCACAAAACUGUCAGUCUGCAGCCACCUAGAAAAUAAUCUUAAAACCUAAACUAUGAUCAUGUUAGUACUUGGGCACAGGGGCAGAGGCUGGCUGCUCUGAGUGGCAUGGGAGUGCCCCUGUGAGCUGGAGGCCUGUCUUGGAGCUGUCUUUGCAGUCCGUGGACUGCAUGUGGUUGUGAGGUUGUUUGGAAGUGCUGUGUGAAAGUUGUGGGGCCUAAACUACCACCAGGCUCUGGUGAGAAAUGUUUCUUCCACCUAUCAAGUUUCCUUAUCUGCCCUGUGUCCACAGCCAUCCAGUUCCCCAGUGCAGCCAUGGGGGUGGUGGGGGGUGCCACCCUGGUAUGACUGUUGGGCAUAUUGAGUUUACCCAUGUUCACAUAUGCUCUGAGCUAAUGUAGGUCUAUAACCAUCACACAACCUGGUUAUGGACCCAGGUUUGCCCAGGAAAGCAGGUCUGAUGGAAAAGUAUUUUUGGGAUAUGUGAACAAUUGAGGUUAAGUACUGCAGGGGCUGCACCUAUGUUUGAAACUUGGAUGCGGUGUUUUGUAACUGUAGAAUUGUUAGUUUAUUCAGCGCGCACUUGAAUAUUGUAGGAAUGUUACAUCUCCACAACCAGAAUUUAAGUUGAUGGUAAAGAUUUGUCUUACUCAUACUGAUUAGCUGUAGGGAUAAAAUACUGUCUUGCUUGCAAUAAUCACUCAUUAAAACAACUUGAUGUCUGAUAUUUCCUAUGUCAUUAUAUGACUGAAACUGAACUGUUCUGCCUGUUUGUAGAUACCAAGUUACGCUUUUAAUUCUAAAACUUUAAGGAGUGGCAUUACAGUUAGUGAAACCAAAGUGACUUACAGGCCAGGGGCGGGGCCCAGUGGCCAGGAUGCCAAGACCCCGGGUUCUGUCCCCAGCACCGCAAAACAAAAACAAAAACGAGAGUGACUGGCUGGAACCGUCCCUGCCGCCCCGCCCCUGUUCCAGCCAGCCCUCUUUGUGAUGCCGGAAUGUGGCACUGCCAGAUUGACCCGCGAUUUCUUUCCCACCAUCUUAAAAAGGUUUUCUCUCCCACGUACGCGGGCUCCACCGACGACCUAGGAGCCAUCCGCCUCCCCGGGCGCCUGCUUCCCGCUGCUGAGGACUGAGCGCGACCUCGGACCCGGGAGGGCCGCCGAGAGACGCGGGGCGCGGCCGGGCACUUUGUCUCCGGCGCUCAACAGUCGGCGGGGACUCCAGCCCGGCGCCGCGCGGGGCUCGGCGGCCCGCGUCCUCGGCCGGUGCUCCGGCCCCUCCUCCCGCCGCCCGGCCGCCCGGCCCGGCGCCUCUCGGUGGCGUGGACCGGGCGGCGCCCGCAGCGUCCAGCCCCGGAACGCUGGGUUGGGGGAGCCCCGGCCGCAGGAGGGAAGGGGUGGGAGGCGCCUUCGCUCGAAGUCCCGGGGCUUGGGCGCGGGGAUGUGAGGAAGCCGGCGAUGCUGCGGCUGGACGCAGGGCACCGAUGAUCCGCCCGCUCGGCGGCACCAUGCCUUUCCCGCCGGUGCCGCCGCCCCCCGCCCCGGCCCCGCGGGUCCCCGCCGCGCGCCCGCUGCCCGGGAGGCCCUGCGCGCCGCCCUCGUCCUCGCCGCCCGCCGCCGCCGCCGCCGCAGCAGCAGGGGAGAAGAAGAGGAGGCCCCCCGAGAGGCCGGAGGUGCUCCUCUCCAGCUCCUGGCCCUCCGCCACCCUGAAGAGGCCUCCCGCCCGGCGCGGCCCCUGUCCCGGCAGGACGCAGCCGCCGACCCCUGCGCGCGCCCCUCUCCAGGCCUCGCCCGGCCGCGCGGGGACGCCGGCCACCGGCGCCACGCCCCGGCUCGUCGGCUCCGGCACCGGCCCGGCGGGGGCCACCUUCACGGGGGCGGUGGCCGGGCCCGACGACGGCAUGCGCUUUUCCUUGAGCCUCACCCCCGAGGCCAUCCUGGUCAUCCAGAGGCGCCACCUGGAGAAGCAGCUGUUGGCUCGGCCCCGCAGACCCUUCCCCUCGCCCUCGGCCGACCCCAGACGCCCCCUCGCCCCGGGCCCCCGGGCCAGGGCCACCGGCCUGCGGAGGGGCGGCGCCACCAGCGGUCCCGACGCGCCCCCAGCCGCGGGCCCUGGGCGCCGCACGCCGCCCCGCGCCCCGCUGCUGCCUGGCGGUCUACAGACCCCGGUGCCCGGCCCUCGACCCGCGGACCUGCGCCCGGUGCUCAAGGUAUCGCUGCUCAACGAGCGGCACAAGUAUGACGAUGUGGAGUACGAGGAGGAGACCGAGGUGGUGGAUGAGGGUCUGGUACGCAAAUGCACCGAGUGGCUGCGUGGCGUGGAGUCUGCGGCUGCUGCGCGGGACCGCACAGGGCGCCUGGACACGCUGCCGCACCUGAGCACGCUGUGAGCCAGCUGAGCCUGGUGCCGCAGGAUGGCCUACACGCCCACCUCCUCCUCCUGAACUCAGGGCUCCACCUGGGAACGCGGACCAGGUAGGCCUGCGGGGACUGGACGGCCUCCUGAGGCCGACCUCCAGCACACCUGCCCCAAGUGGACGCACUGGGGGGAAAAGCACGCCUCAUGUGACAUCCACCGUCCACCUCGUGGGCACCUGUAUGCCAAGUAGGCACUCGUGGGACAAACAGACAGCCCUGUCCAGCUCCCACAGCCCACCUCCUGCCCACUCCACUCACCAGCCAGACGAGUGUUCUCUCCUGCACAAUGUGGCCUCUAUCUCAGAAGUCCACCCUCUGUACCUCUGGGCCUCCUCCUGGCUUCUCAGCUGUCCUUGCAGUUCAUGGGGGAGUAGGCAGCUGUGAAGAUGUCCCAGCUCCCACCAGGAUUCCUUCAGGUCCCAGAGCCCCACUGCCCCGUGCUCUGCCUCCCUCACCCCACCCCCGCAUACCCCUCCUCUUUCUGUAGGUGACCACACUGUGAGGGUGGGUGGCCACAGAGGGUGCCUGCCAUUGUGAAAGUGGGACAUGGUGCUACGUUUAUGAUUUUGCUCUCUUCCAACGUUGGGAGCUGGAAAGCUGGGGAACAGUGCUCCAGUUUCCAGCCUCAGGAGUCCUGUCAAUGAGCUGUCUGGGGAAGCACUGCCCCAUUGUCCCUGCACAGGUGGAUUGUCACAGAUUUGUGCUCUGCAGGCCGGGUGUGCAUCACACUGGCCCCCACACAGGCACACACACAUUCAUGUACACAAUCACACAGUCACACGCAUGCAGACUCAUGCAAAAACCAGCACUUAUGCACACUCCCAUAUACAUAGUCACACACAGGCACAGGCACUCUCGCAGGCAUGCUCAUCAGUACAUGCACAAAUCACACACUUAUGCACACUCCCACAGACACACAUGCACAGUUGCACACAUGCACACACAUAUAUACAAUCUCACACCCAUGCGAGUCACAUUUUCACAGUCACACAUACGUGUGUGCUCAUGCACACAUAUUCAAAUCAUUCCCACCCAAGCACACUGCCACAUACACACACUUAGUCAUGCACGCCUGUUCCCUGAAGCAGUUUGGGGAAUUAUUUAAUAGCUGGAUUGAGGCGGGAGCAGGAGUAAGACUGGGCUUUUGUUAAAAAUGUGGUCUUUGUUUGAAGGCUUACAAAAUGUCUCCUGUGCCAGGGAAGGAAAGAGCCACCGGGCCAAGAGUGGUGGCACCAGGAGGCAGGGAGGAUCAGUUGAUUUGGAGGGAAGCAGGAAGUCCCUGGGGGUAAGGGGGAGGUGUGUACAUGUUUUGGUGUUUUUUAUCACUGUGAGUAAAUCAGUGACAUGGUGGCUUUGUACCGAUGUAACGAGUGAGUUUUAAAAUUGUAUUUAUUAUUUGAAUUAAGGGUGAGACACCUGUCUCAGUAGCCCCGCCCUUCCCCACUAACUGGAUGCCGAAUGCAGGACAUUUCUUCCAUGCAUCUGAGUGCAUUGAACUCUAAGGACAAGAAGGAAACAAGGAGACAUGAUCAGAUAAGUUGGCUGUAGAAGAGUAAUGCACUACCUCAAUUUUUUACUUAUUUUGUAAUACUCAAUAACAAGUUUAGUGUUGUUAGAUUUUAAUGUGUCAAGUCUAAAUUAUAUUUUAAAUUGAAGCCUUACAUUUUUAGAAACUAAUUUUAUAUUUUUCUUGUGGUGAUCUUUGCUCUAAUAUUUAUCUUAGUCUCUCUCUCUCUCUCUCUCUCUCAAGUUCUAGGCACAAAUUCCAUCAGACAUGAGACAUUGACUUCAGUGGGAGCUAGAUCAGCCACCAGAUGAGUUACACAAACAAAACCCCACCCACUGAGCAAUUCCUCUUUUCUGACCCCUGUCCAAAAGCAGAGAAAUAGAUUUUAUUCUACCUAAAAUGAACAUACUAAUACUAAGAAAAGAGAAAAAUUAGCAAUACUGGCCAAAGUAAAUUGGAGACACCCAUGUGCCAUAAAUGUCUUUGUCCUCCAGGAACUUGGGUGAAGGUCAGCUCAGGAGGGCUUGCUGAGUGGGGGGAAGUGGGGCAGGUGGAGUCGGUGAUGCCUGAGCUCAAGUGGCCCACCAGGUUGGCGGCACCAGUAGUUAACAUACCCUGUUUGCUGCGCUUGCUCAUGGGAACAUCUGUGUUCUGAAGACUUUUCUGGUGGCCUCCUAAGGGGACCAGCCUACAAGGCGUCUUUCUGCCUCAAUGUCCCCACACCCACCUGAAAGACGCUGUCACUCUCUUUGUUUUAUUUUCUCUCCCCUCUUUCUUCCUCCAGGCCCCCAGCCCUGUCUUUCUUAACUGGCCACAUUUUAGCACAUCUCUCCAAUCUGCAUUUGUGCCCUAGGGUUUGUGCGCCUUGCCUUCAAUCUAAGGGCAGAUGAGGGGGAUGUUUGUCGCCCUGGUUGACCAGAGGUGUGUACAUGAUGUGUAAGGUCUGUUUGUUGCUGUUCCUGACGUGUUCCUGGUUGAGAACAUUUGCUAAGUCACUGUGCUACAAUUUCUUACUGUUUAAAUAAAAAAGAAACUCAA